AAAUUAGAAGUUGUUCGAUAAGUUAUCUGAAAGAUGUUACUCUCGAAAUUAUACAAACCUAAUUGUUUGAAAACAAUCUCAAAUAUACGAACAAUCACUACAACAAAAUGUUUGAAAGUUGAACAUGAAGAAAUUCGCAUUCCAGUACCAUGGGGACAUGUGGCAGGACAACGUUUGGGACCAAGAGAUCAUCGACCAAUUUUGGCGUUAGCGGGAUGGAAGGAUAAUAUUGGAACAUUUUUACCAUUGGUCGAAGAAAUCUCCAAGCAUAUUGGUAUUAUUUGCAUUGAAUGGCCAGGUUUAGGACAUUCAACACGGUUCCCACCAGGAUUUUACUACAGUUACGAUGCAGCCCUAACUGUCUUACACCAGGUUUUAGAUCAUUUUAAAUGGAACAAAAUCUCAUUAAUGGGUCAUUCAUUAGGUAGUGGUACUGCAUUCAUGUACGCUGCGCUUUUUCCCGAAUUAGUUGACUUCAUCGUAGGACUUGAUACAUUAAUACCAUUAGCAACAAAUCCAAAACAUUUUUGUGAUGUGCGACGAACAUCCUUAGAAAGUUUUCUAGAAUUGGAUAAAGAGAAUGCAAAAGGUGAUCCUGAAUUAUAUACAUAUGAAGAGGCUCAAGAAGCGAUUACCAAUUUCACUUUCAAUUCGAUUUCACGUGAUUUUACUCCACAUUAUUUGAAACGGGAAUUAAUUAAAUCCGAUAAACAUCCAGAUAAAUAUUAUUUCCGUAUGGAUCCUAGACAUGAUGUUCGUGCGAAUACAUAUUCUCGUGAAGUAAUAUUAGAAAUGGCUGAACAAGUAAAAUGUCCAAUAUUGAACAUAAAAGGAACAGAAUUUCUUUACAUCGAAGGUAAAACCAUGUAUAAUAAGGUUUGCGAUGUAUUAAAGAAAAAUAACGUACCAUUGCAAAUUGAAAAUAUCCCGGGUUCGCACCAUGUACAUUUAACAAAUACAAACGCUUGUGCUCCAAUUAUUAAAGAUUUUAUUCGAAAAUAUGAUACAGAAAAACGAUUUUCGGAUAAACCCAAUUGAAUUGAAUAUUUGUAUGGUAUUUAAGAGACAAUUUUAUGAGAACCAGUUAAGUGAUGAAAUCCAUUUAAUAUAAAUAAAAACUUCUGGCAGUCUGAUACAAAAUACUUACCUCAGUAUUUAAUAGUUAUUUGAACAAUUGUACCUAUGCAGACAAAAGUCAAUAGCACAUCCGCAGAUAUGAAUUUCCACCGUUUAUAAAUAUAAUAUUUGAGGUUUAAUUUCAAGUUGACAUAUGAAUUCAGUUCAGGUUAUAUUAACGAAUAUGAUGUUGUAAAAUUAUCAGUUUACAACUUAAA